UUGACCUGACCCAUAUUUUAGAAUCAUGUUGGAAGAGGAAAGAGGGGAGGGGGAGCGACAACCCCUCCUCAGCAGCAGUUCUUCGGAUAGGACUGAGUACAAAGUUUAUACUAGAAGAUGGUUUAUGCUGGUGGUUGUUUGUCUGCUAAACAUAUCAAAUGCAAUGAUAUGGAUCACGUAUUCACCCAUAGCUGAUGAGACUGCUACAUACUAUCAAACUAGUCUAAAUGGCGUGAACUGGCUAUCACUGGUUUACCUUGUGGCCAGCAUACCCUUUGGACUAAGUGCCACAUGGUUAUUGGAUACUCUUGGACUAAGAGCUGGGAUUAUCUUGGGAGCAUGGAUCAACUGUAUAGGGGCAGCUCUCAGAGUGGUGAGCAGCAUCAGCAUGGUGGAUCAAAAGUUCAGAUUUCCUGUCCUGAUGGGUGGGCAGGCUGUAGCAGCUUGUUCCCAGUCAUUUGUACUCUUUGCUCCAACAAAACUAGCAGCACUAUGGUUUAGAGAUGACCAAAGAGCCAUUGCUAAUAUGAUUGCCUCUAUGUCUAACCCUCUAGGUAUUCUUGUUGCCAAUGUGUUGUCUCCUGUGAUACAGGGAAGUAGUGGAUUUUUAACAAUGCAUUUAGUUUUCUUAGGUCCAGCAUUAGUAGCUGUAGUCAUGGCAACAUUUGGUGUGUGGAGCUCUACACCUCCCACUCCUCCAACUGCCAGUGCUGAGAGAGAAUCUGAACCUUUCCUUCUUGGACUGAAGCAGAUUGCCAAGAACAAGCAAUACUGGGUGCUGACUGUGUGUUUUGGAGCAGGACUUGGCUUAUUCAACUCACUGACCACAUUAAUAGAACAGAUCCUCUGUCCAUGGGGAUAUGAUGAUAACUUUGCUGGUAUCUGUGGGGCACUCCUCAUAGGCUGUGGUAUUAUAGGAGCUGCAGGCUUCAGCUUAUUUGUAGACAAGACCAAAAAAUUUGAGGAGGUGGCCAAAUUCUGUUUUUGUAUGGCAGCUGCAGCCUGUGUAGCAUUUUCAUUGACAGCAAGAAUGUAUGACAUACCUGUCUGGAUUGGAAUUUCUAUAGCAUUGUUUGGAAUAUUUGGGUUUGCCCUGUACCCUGUAUGUCUGGAACUGGCUGUUGAGACAACAUUUCCUGUGGCAGAAGCUACCAGUGCAGGCUUUCUGUUAAUUUCAGGGCAGAUACAGGGUAUAAUAUUUGUCCUUGUUAUGGAGGUUAUAGCAGUGGAGUUGCCAGUAAAUAAUUUACAAGCCUGCAAAGUCAGUAAAGUUGAACCUACCCCACCAAUGGAUUAUACCUAUCCUGAUAUUUUCCUGUGUUGUGUAGCUGCAGUAGGAGCCAUUUUCCUUGUCACAUGUUUCAAAUGUCCUUACAAACGAUUACGAGCAGAGCAGGCUUCUGCUGCAGAAAAGAUAUUGAAUAUUGCUUCUACUUCUCGACAAGAGCAAAAUGACUCUUCCACACAGAAUGAUUUAUUAACAUGAAUUGACUUGGAGAAAGUUUGUUUUUCCUCAAUACAAUUUUAUCAGGGAUAAUUAUUCUAACCAGAAUACUCAUGUGCUUAUUGAUCAACUCCAAUUUAAAAAAAAUGGUUGCUUUAAUGUGUGCAUGGUUGUGAUAUCACUGCAGGUAGAUUGCUUAUUUUAAUCUUGUUCUUUUACAUCAGAGAAUAAAAGUAUUGGAAUAUCUUGAAAGCAUGUUUCUCCCUGUUGAAAUCCAAAUAUUCUUAAAUUGUCUCUUAAGCUUUCUUUAAGUGUAGUGUAUCCAAGCAAUCCAUGGUCUUCACUGCAUGCAUUUAUAUUUUUAGUUAAUUGUGACUGUAAGAAGUUGAUGAAGUGCUCCAAGAGCAAAUCACUUAAGAUAAAUUAUUUUAACAAGAUCCUUUGGUAGUUUGGCAGAUUACACCAGUGCACAUUCCAAAUUGUGUGGAAUAAAGAUGUUUUAUUUUCAUAAUGUGAUUAAGAUUAUAUAUUUAAGGAUCACACCAGUUGAAAUGAUGCUUAAAAAUAAUGUCACUUAUUUUUCUAAUUUUUUUUCAGUUGGCAGCUAACUAGUGUUUGGAAUAGUUAACUACUUCAAAUAUUUCAUGCAUUAUUUACACCAUAUAUUUAUAUCUAUGUGCAAUUUUUAUUAUUUCAUUUGAUAAUGCAAAGUCUAGGAAUUUCUCCUUCAUUACAAGCUAUUUCAUCGAUUUCAAUCAUAUCAUAGCUCAUCAAAUUUUUGUCUUAAAUAUAGUUAAACACUAGUCACUGUAUAAUUUGUUGUUAAAGUAGUGGUCAUAUUUGGAUAGUGACCCCAGAAUAAAUUAUCUGCUACUGAGUAGCUCUAUAUCUUUAUAUCAAAGGCAUUCAUGUGAAAAAAUGAUGUCAGUUAAUCACUGUCAAAUAAAAACUUCCAUUACAAA